UGGCGGUAGUACUUAUGAAAACAUUAUAAAAUGCGCAAACACGAGCUGUAAGAUCAUUGCUUGUUCGGCACUACUUGUAAAAUGAAGGUUUUCCUACUAUUGGCAGUUUUUGUGUUGACAGCUACGGCUGCUCCUGUUGAGGACGACGACGACGGGCGCAUUAACGGUGAAAAUGGUUGGUAUGUACCGCAAAAUGAUGGCUCAUUCGUUUGGAUGACUACAGAGGAGGGUGAAAAUCUCCUUGCUGAACUGGAACAGCAGGAAGACCUAGAAAUCAGCAUCUCUCCCGUCACAUACUAUCUCUACACCGCAAGAAAUCAAUAUAGUGGACAAAAAAUUACAGCUGAUUCCAAAUCCAUUUCGAAUUCCAAUUUCGAUGCCAGUAAUCCCACGCGUUUCAUCAUUCACGGCUGGACUCAAAGCUAUGAAGCGCAAACGAAUAAAAUUAUCCGUGACGCAUGGCUCUCGCGUGGUGAAUACAACAUUAUCAUUGUGGACUGGGGCCGUGCGCGUUCCAUUGAGUAUGCUUCCUCGGUGGUGGCUGUAUCCGGCGUGGGUAAGAAAGUGGCCAGCAUGGUGGAUUAUUUGGUAAACGAGCAUGGCAUGUCUUUGAACGAUACCGAAGUUAUUGGUCACAGUUUGGGCGCCCAAGUUGCCGGUUAUAUAGGCAAGUAUGUCGGCGCCGGUAAGGUACAUGCUAUUACCGGCCUGGACCCUGCUCUGCCACUUUUCAGCUACAAUAAGCCCAACAAACGGCUCAACGAAGAUGAUGCUUACUAUGUGGAAUCUAUUCAAACAAAUGGCGGUAAAUUGGGAUUCCUGAAGCCAAUUGGUAAGGGUGCUUUCUACCCGAAUGGUGGCAAGAAGCAGCCCGGUUGUGGCAUUGAUUUGACAGGCUCGUGCAGUCACGAGCGUUCCUGCAUUUACUAUGCUGAAGCGGUGCAGAAGAAUGAUUUCCCCUCCGUGCGCUGCAGUGACUACGAAGAUGCUGUUGAUAAGAGUUGUGGCACUCAGUACAGUGGUGUGAAAAUGGGUGCUGUCUUCAACUAUGAACUCGUUGCCGGUGACUUUUAUGUGCCAGUGCAUAGCACUGCUCCAUACGGUUAUGGUAGUUAAGUAAAUUAGACUACACUUUUGUUUGUAUAUAUUUACCUUGUAAAUAUUUGUGAAAAAAUAUGUCGAUGAAAUAAAAGUGCGAUAAUUAUU